AUGCGAUAUCCGUUCGGGACUCUAACGGUAUCCAAAUUGAGAUCCGAGCACACCUACGCGCUCGUGACAUCAAGAGGAUCACAGUGGGACAAAGAUGCCCCUCAACUACAGUGGCCACGCGCCGCCACACGCGCCGGCAGCGCGUGGGUGUCCAAAGCGAUAUCGCAUCGCCGGAAAACUUCCAAAUCGAGAGCCAAGACUCCUACCCUAGGUAAUACACCUAAUUUGGAGUCACUUUUGUUCUUGGACGUACCCCAAAAACUGACCGGAAGUGGCCGGAAUCUCCCCUCGAAAUCCGGCCGAAAUCCAAUUCGAAAAUCAAACAUCCUACGCUCAAAAUCGAUGCAAUCCUACCCAACCAUCAGCUAG